GCCUGUCCCAGGAGAGCCAGCCUGGGGACUGUGCCCAGGGCCUGGCUGGAGCCGGGCCGUCUCAGGGCAGAGCCGCCCCAGGAGGGGCCGGAGCAGGUCUGUAGCACGGGGCUGGGCCUUGCCCCAGGCUUGGCUUCAGCAUCUUCUGACAAGCUUGGAAUGCAGAUGAGGAGACUAGAGCUGACUGGUGACCAGGUAGGCUUCUCUGCUAUUUACAGCUGGGACCAGUUCUUACGUGACUUUCCAGCUCCAGGACUACCCAUAACAGUUUUGAAGCAUGUGAGGGGUGCAUCAUCACAUGGCCCUGGAGGAGCACUUCAAUGCCCAGCUAUUCUAGAGUCCUUCACUGAGUGGCUCUUUUGGGUUCCUCCACUGCCUGGCUUUAUGGGGUGGUUCAACACCUGGACUUCUUGGGGAGCCUCACCAUAUAUCUCUUUAGCAGUGCUUCAUCGUCAAGAUUUUAUUGGGAGUGCAUCACCACAAGACCGUGGUGCAGUGUAUCACUGCCCCACCCUGGAGGAGCCCAUCAUCAUCCUUGCCUCAGAGGAGCCCUUCACCACGCUACACCGAAGGAGUCCAUCAUCAUCCCUGCCCUGGAGGAGCCGUUCAUCGCCCUGUGUCGGAGUACCCUUCAUCACUGUGCAUGUGGGAGCCCAUCAUCAACCCUGCUGCGCCGUGCCAUGCCGCCACGGAGGAGCCCUGCUGCGCCGUGCCGUGCCGCCACGGAGGAGCCCUGCUGCAUCGUGCAGUCAUGAUGUGUCUCUUUAUUGCGUCAUGGGACUGUGUUUGUAGCCGUUUAGCGUGCUAGACUGGAGGAGACCUUCAUCAUGCGACUCCGGAUGAGCCUAUCGUCAUCUGUCGCUACUUGGAGGAGCCCUUCACCCUGUGUGGUGUGUGGUAGGUAUUGCGUGUUAUGUGUUGUAUUUUGUAUUGCGUGGUAUGUAUUGUAUUUUGUGUUGUACUGUGUAUUUUUUAAUUGUUUUGUCUUUCGUUAUCUUGUAUGUCUUGUAUGUGUUGUCUCUUAUUGUAUGGUAUGGCAUUUAUUCUAUGGUUUAUGUACUGUAUUGUAUUGUAUGGUAAGGUAAG